CUCCACUGACGGAGCCAGCCAGGCACCCCGUCUGUGCUACAAAUGUGUUUUUCAAUGUAGUUUGAGUGAAAGAUAAUUGACCUCUCCCAGAAGGUAGAAAAAUUAAUGCAGAAAAUGGCACAGAAUGAAGACUGCACCUUCUAAUGGGUGAUUCACUGGCACCAUUUCUCCUACCAAUCCUCACCCACUCUCAAGUCUUCCUUAUUCCUUUGGUGAGUAAAAUAAAACUUCAUUUCUUGCAUUACAUGAACAAACUGUAUUUAUUUUCAACACCGCAAAAGUGAUUACUUUUAUAGGCUUGUUUUCAUUGUUGAGUUAAUACAUUUUCUUUCUGCAUUUGCAUAUCUUAGUUUGGGAUGGACUGCAUCGUAGUUUUCCUAUUACAAUUAAUGGAAGUAUUUUUUGGUUUAAUGGCUUUUCACUUUGCAAUUGAGAGUUCAGGAAUGAUUUCAUGUGGUUAAGUGAUGGAUAGGUGUAGAUCAGGGUGAGUCCCCAUUGUCCUCACCUCUGGGGAAAUCACCAUUCCAAGGUGGGUGAAGGCUACCCCAGCCAGCAACCAGCAGCCACCACUGCAUGCUAGUCUGGACCCAGAAGGUGUGAGGAGACUUAGAGAAGAAAGGAAAGCUGGAAGAGGUGGGUCCUGGUGUCACGUUUGUGUGUAUGGCCUCUCCCAUGUGCACAGGGACCUCUCUCAAGCAGCAAACAGUGUAUGGCAGUGAUCCUCUCUCCCCAGCUUUCCCUUUCCUCAGUUUGCUAUGCUGCUUGAGGCUGGUCCUUGGGUCUCAGUGUUGUCAUUUGCAAACCAGAGAUAAAAAAAAAAAUACCUUUGCCAUCAAGCACGUAAGUUUACCAUGAAGUUAAAAAGGGGUAUGAAAGUGCUACACCUAGGUGAUGUAUCGUUAUCAUUUGAGCAUUUAGAAGGAAUUGGGAGCCUGAGAGACCCCCAGACACUAACAUCUGAGUUUCCUGAAGCUGCUUUUUAAGAGUGAAUGUCUGGAGCUAACUUGCCUGAUUUUCCUUGUUCUUAUUUCUCCCUUCACUGCAAUGGGCCAUGGGCUGUAGGUGCUGGGGCUGUAGCAUUGAACUUGAUGGACAUGAUUCCUGACUUCAUGGAGUUCACAGUCUUAAGAAGUACUAUGGAGUCAAGUCCAAAAACUCUUCUGAGAAUCCCAUCCUAGGAGCCAAAGGCCUGCUAAGAUGUGUAUGGUGUAACAGCAACAAAAUAACAUCAACAGCUAAUGAGCACAUAGUAUCUACAAUAUACUGUGAUGUCAUAAUUUGGACAAACGCUUAUGCUUUUCUGGCUUUGGAGCAACAUGAAAUGAGCAGAAAGUAAGGUAGGAUGUGCUUUGGAAUAAACCUCAGAAGAAUCCCAUGCUAAGGAUCUAAGACCUGACCAAGACCAGCCGGAUAGGACCAUGAACACGUGGCCAUGUUAUACUGGGCUCACCAGCGUCUGCUAGCUCUGGUGUGACACACAAGGCCAUGGGCACAAGUUUUGCAUGAGAACUGUGCUCUACUGGUUUUCAGACUGAGCCUCCACCCCCACCCCCACCCCCACCCCCACUGUGACCUAUAGUGAAACAAAAGCAGAUAAGUAGUAAUUGUGUUGAGAAUUAAUGAUAUUUGUAUCACUGGAUAAUAAAAUCGGUAUCAUUUCAAUAGCAUUGGGAUCUCAGUUGCCCUUCCCCAUGAAGAAAGCAGAUUGCCAUAAUUUAAAUUGUUAGCAUAAUUAAAGAAAUCAAAGACCCAGUCAUUAACUCAGUCUUUCCAGAGAGACAAAUUGCCUUUGAUUUUAUCCUGCAGAAUCUGCUGAAAUGGGCAUUUUAUGUAAACACAAAACUAUGAACCAAUGGCUCCCUCCGUGGGACUGGAGGACAAAAUACCUGGGGGCACUUUCCAUCAAAACAUGCAGGGAAGAAAAAAUCUUUUACCAUCUCUUCUGUGGUUGCUAAUAAGCCUAAUUCGAUCACUUACCCGUGUUCUGUACAAUUCCUAGCACCACAGAGAGGAAAUGCUUUUUCCUUUUCCUUAAAAAAAAUUCCAGUCAAAACCAUCAGCCUCCGUAGGUUGUCUUAAUUGCUACUUUGCACUGCACUGGACUGUGACUCUGAUUUUUGGCACAUGCCGUCAUACACAAAGUUCCUAAAAUAAAAUGCUCCAGGAUAUCCCAGGAACUCUUAGAGGGCUUUAAAAAGGGACUUGCACACAGAAACAAUAUCUUUGAUGGAGACAAUUCAGGCGAGCAGAAUGAUUAUUGCAAAAGAAUUACGUGAUUCAUUGAGACCUUAAAGUGGGUCCGGAGAAUCCUUGCCACCUAACUUAUCAUGGUUUGGAAGAGUUUGAUGAGAAUCCAGUUUUGAUAAAGACAAUUGUUUUUUCCUCCCCAAGUGACUAUACAUUUAAAUAGCUAAAACAUCUGUUCAGCAGCAUAGUAAAACAUGUACACUCAGAACGCCUGAGAGAAGAGCCUGCCAAACAAUCGGUUGAGAGGGACUUUGCUGGGGGGAGAGCCCCAAGAUAAAGCAACCACUGUUUGUUUUUUCUGGUCAGGGGGAAAGCCAAGGCAACCAAUAUUUUGGGUUUCUUUUAUUUCAUUUGUGAAGAAAUAUUUGAGAAAGGGUGGCGAGGGAAGAUUUUCUGACGGGAUUUUUUAAAGCUGUCUUUUAGUAGAAGAGCAAGAGGACCUUGGAUGUCAACGCCUCACAGGUUCUUGAGACCAGCCACCAAACCACAAAAAGUGACUUUCUCUUCCCGUGGCCUCUACGUCCCUCCUGAUGGAAGCAGAAAUGGGGAGCAGCACGGAGCCUGGAAAAACAGCCAACAGAGGUACUCGAAUUGCCCUGGUUGUGUUCAUUGGUGGCACUCUGGUGCUGGGCACGAUCCUCUUUCUAGUGAGUCAAGGUUUCUUAAGUCUCCAAGCCAAACAGGAGUACUGCCUGAAGCCGGAAUGCAUCGAAGCUGCUGCUGCUAUCUUGAGUAAGGUAAAUCUCUCUGUGGACCCUUGUGAUAAUUUCUUCCGGUUCGCUUGUGAUGGCUGGAUACAGAAUAAUCCAAUUCCUGAAGAUAUGCCAAGCUAUGGGGUUUACCCUUGGCUGAGACAUAACGUUGACCUCAAGUUGAAGGCACUUUUGGAGAAAUCUAUCAGUAGAAGGCGGGACACCGAAGCCAUACAGAAAGCCAAAAUCCUUUAUUCAUCUUGCAUGAAUGAGAAAGCGAUCGAAAGAGCAGAUGCCAAACCAUUGCUCCACAUCCUGCGGCAUUCACCUUUCCGCUGGCCUGUGCUCGAGUCUAAUAUUGGUCCUGAGGGAGUGUGGUCAGAGAGAAAGUUCAGUCUUUUGCAUACCCUUGCAACAUUUCGUGGUCAGUACAGCAAUUCUGUGUUCAUCCGACUGUAUGUGUCCCCUGAUGACAAGGCAUCCAACGAACAUAUCUUGAAGCUGGACCAAGCAACUCUCUCCCUAGCUGUGAGGGAAGAUUACCUCGAUAAUAGCACAGAAGCCAAGUCUUAUCGGGAUGCCCUUUACAAGUUCAUGGUGGAUACUGCUGUGCUUUUGGGAGCUAAUAGCUCUCGAGCAGAGCAUGACAUGAAGUCAGUGCUUAGACUGGAAAUUAAGAUAGCCGAGAUAAUGAUUCCACAUGAAAACCGAACCAGUGAGGCCAUGUAUAACAAAAUGAACAUUUCCCAGCUGAGUGCUAUGAUUCCUCAGUUUGACUGGCUGGGCUACAUCAAGAAGGUCAUCGAUUCUAGACUCUACCCAGGUCUGAAAGACAUUGACCCUUCAGAGAACGUGGUUGUCCGUGUCCCGCAGUACUUUAAGGAUUUGUUUAGGAUAUUAGGCUCUGAGCGGAAGAAGACCAUUGCCAACUAUUUGGUGUGGAGGAUGGUUUACUCCAGAAUUCCAAACCUUAGCAGGCGCUUUCAGUAUAGGUGGCUUGAAUUCUCGCGGGUAAUUCAGGGGACCACGACUUUGUUGCCUCAGUGGGACAAAUGUGUAAACUUUAUCGAAAGUGCCCUCCCUUAUGUUGUUGGAAAAAUGUUUGUGGAUGUGCACUUCAAGGAAGAUAAGAAGGAAAUGAUGGAGGAAUUGAUUGAGGGUGUUCGCUGGGCCUUUAUUGACAUGCUGGAGAAAGAAAAUGAGUGGAUGGAUGCAGGGACAAAAAGGAAAGCCAAAGAAAAGGCAAGAGCUGUUUUGGCAAAAGUUGGCUAUCCUGAGUUUAUAAUGAAUGAUACUUAUGUUAAUGAAGACCUCAAAGCAAUCAAGUUUUCAGAAUCCGACUACUUUGGCAAUGUCCUGCAAACCCGCAAGUAUUUAGCACAGUCUGAUUUCUUCUGGCUGAGAAAAGCGGUUCCAAAAACAGAGUGGUUUACGAAUCCCACGACCGUCAAUGCCUUCUACAGUGCAUCCACCAACCAGAUUCGAUUUCCAGCAGGAGAGCUGCAGAAGCCUUUUUUUUGGGGAACGGAAUAUCCUCGAUCUCUGAGUUAUGGAGCUAUAGGAGUAAUUGUUGGACAUGAAUUUACACAUGGAUUUGAUAAUAAUGGUAGAAAAUAUGAUAAAAAUGGAAACCUGGAUCCUUGGUGGUCUACUGACUCAGAAGAAAAGUUUAAAGAAAAAACGAAGUGCAUGGUUAACCAAUAUAGCAACUAUUAUUGGCGGAAAGCUGGCUUAAAUGUGAAGGGGAAGAGGACCCUGGGAGAAAAUAUUGCUGAUAAUGGAGGUCUGCGGGAAGCUUUUAGGGCUUACCGAAAAUGGAUAAAUGACAAGAGGCAGGGACUUGAGGAGCCUCUACUACCAGGCAUCACAUUCACCAACAACCAGCUCUUCUUCCUGAGUUAUGCUCAUGUGAGGUGCAAUUCCUACAGACCAGAAGCUGCCCGAGAACAAGUCCAAAUUGGUGCUCACAGUCCCCCUCAGUUUAGGGUCAAUGGUGCAAUUAGCAACUUUGAAGAGUUCCAGAAAGCCUUUAACUGUCCAUCCAAUUCCACGAUGAACAGAGGCGUGGACUCCUGCCGACUCUGGUAGCCAGGCCGCUGGUGUAGGCCAUCCUGGGAGCCGUAUAGCGCCAGGAGGGGCCACAGCGAACACUCAUCGCCACCGCUUUCAGCCUCUGUUCCCCUGAAGACUCCUAUUUUUAAUGCAUCUUCAUUAUUUGGGUGUUGCUUGGAUGUGAACAGUAUUCAAAUUGUAGGGCUUAAAAAAAGGGAAUAAAAGAAGUGAACCAAGUAUGUUUCUUUAGAAAACCAAACCAAAAAAUAAAAUAAAAUAAAUCCCUA